GCCGCCGUGACGCGUCAGGGAGGAAACGCCGGCGCCUGGCCGCGCCGCCGGGAAGGAGUAGCCGCCAGAGCGCUGGGCUCCGCGCCCCGGCGCCCGGACGCCGCGCAGCCCGGUUCCAUGAUGGAGUAUGAACAUUACCUCAGGAGGUUCCCUGUUUCGGAUUAGCUAAUGGUAACUGCUGAGAACUUGGAAACUUCAGACUGAAUUUCUGCAUCCUUCAAGACAGUCAAUGCAGUGAGUGAGGUUGUACCAUGGACUACAAGGAGAGCUGCCCAAGUGUAAGCAUUCCCAGCUCUGACGAACACAGAGAGAAAAAGAAGAGGUUCACGGUUUAUAAGGUCCUGGUGUCUGUGGGCAGAAGCGAGUGGUUUGUCUUCAGGAGAUAUGCAGAAUUUGACAAACUUUACAAUUCUUUGAAGAAGCAGUUUCCUGCUAUGGCUUUGAAGAUUCCUGCCAAAAGAAUAUUUGGUGAUAAUUUUGACCCAGAUUUCAUUAAACAAAGAAGAGCUGGCCUGAAUGAGUUCAUUCAGAACUUAGUCAGAUACCCAGAGCUUUACAACCACCCAGAUGUCAGAACAUUCCUUCAAAUGGACAGCCCCAGACAUCAGUCAGAUCCGUCUGAAGAUGAGGAUGAAAGAAGCACUCCGAAGCCACAUUCUACCUCACAGAACAUCAACUUGGGACCAACUGGAAAUCCUCAUGCUAAACCAACUGACUUCGAUUUCUUAAAAGUUAUUGGAAAGGGCAGCUUUGGCAAGGUUCUUCUUGCAAAACGGAAACUGGACGGAAAAUGUUAUGCUGUCAAAGUGUUACAGAAAAAAGUAGUUCUCAACAGGAAAGAGCAAAAGCAUAUUAUGGCUGAACGCAAUGUGCUCUUGAAGAAUGUGAAACACCCAUUUUUGGUUGGAUUGCACUAUUCUUUCCAAACAACCGAAAAGCUUUAUUUUGUUCUGGAUUUUGUUAAUGGAGGGGAGUUAUUUUUUCACUUACAACGAGAAAGGUCGUUUCCUGAGCACAGAGCGAGGUUUUAUGCUGCUGAGAUUGCCAGUGCUUUGGGUUACCUGCACUCCAUCAAAAUAGUGUACAGAGACUUGAAACCAGAAAAUAUUCUUUUGGAUUCGAUGGGACACGUUGUCCUAACAGACUUUGGACUUUGCAAAGAAGGAAUCGCUAUUUCUGAUACCACCACAACCUUCUGUGGGACACCAGAGUACCUUGCACCUGAAGUGAUCAGAAAACAGCCCUAUGACAACACUGUGGACUGGUGGUGCCUGGGUGCUGUUCUGUAUGAAAUGCUGUAUGGGCUGCCCCCUUUCUACUGCCGAGAUGUUGCUGAAAUGUAUGAUAAUAUUCUUCAUAAGCCUCUAAACCUGAGACCAGGCGUAAGCCUCACAGCCUGGUCCAUUCUGGAAGAACUCCUAGAAAAAAACAGGCAAAAUCGACUCGGUGCCAAAGAAGACUUUCUUGAAAUCCAGAAUCAUCCUUUUUUUGAGUCACUCAGCUGGACUGAUCUUGUACAGAAAAAGAUUCCACCACCAUUUAACCCUAAUGUGGCCGGACCAGAUGAUAUCAGAAACUUUGACACAGUCUUCACUGAAGAAACGGUUCCUUACUCUGUGUGCGUGUCUUCUGACUACUCCAUAGUGAAUGCCAGUGUUCUGGAGGCAGACGAUGCCUUUGUUGGAUUUUCUUAUGCUCCUCCUUCAGAAGACUUAUUUUUGUGAACAGUUUGACACUCAGAAACCAUUGGGCAAACUCAAGCCUGCAGAGGAGACAAA